ACACAGCACAGCACAGCACGCAUUUUCCGAGCACAAAAAGCAAGGCGGGGAAAGCCGGUGCCAUGGAUACAGAGGCAGGGGCGGCAAAACCCAUGCUUCCGGCAGCUCCAACCUCUGACACGACGACGACACCCGUCGCCAGGAGGAAUCGUCGGCCCAGGAGAUCGUCGUCGUCGUCGCCCCGUUGGAGUCCGAAUGUUUCCUCUGCAGCCGUCAAUGGCAACCACCCGGACGGGAACACCGGCAAAAUCCGCGGCGGCAGGUAUCUUUCGGUUCCCCCGGAGUCCGAUCUUGCACAGUUGAGUGUUCCCGCCAACACCGGAUCCACCGGAAGACAACCGAGUCCAAACCAAGAAAACGACGGAAACCCAGCCAGAACGAGGGCUUUCCCAGCGAGGGAACGAUCGGAGGGGAAGGAGCCGAGCAGACACGGCUGCCGGCCGGCAAUGGGCGUGUCGCUUCCUCGGUACGAGCUUGGCGGCCCGGCCUACAAACGGCCGAGGUCUCUUCUGUACGAUCCCCCCGAGGACUACCGGACUGGACGCUUCCGGUUCGACGAGAGCGACGACGACAAGGAGAUUCGAACACGAACCCCCGCCGGCUGGCCCUCGUACGGCUGCAGGGCUGCUCCGAGCCACUUUGCUGGGCGGCCAGUCCCCCCGAAGGUCCUCGGGGUGUGCUCGGAGUGCGGGAUCGGCGAGGCCGGCGGUCCCGGCAGCGUGCUGAUCCUCUGCGACGGUCCGGGGUGCAACCGGGAGUUCCACCUCUCCUGCUGCCGGCCGCCCCUCAGGGAGGUCCCAGAGGACGACGAGUACUUUUGCUUCGAUUGCCACCCGGGCGGGGGACACGCGGCGGCACUCCUGGAGGAGUACCUGGAGGGCACCGAGCGGGACAGAGAGGCCUACCACGAGGAGCGCUCGCCGUGGCCGGGAGACCGCUCGGCGUCGAGCGACGCGGCGGCGGGAGCAUCGCCGGCGGAAGAGACGCCCGGCGGCGGCCCGGCAACGCCCGUUGCCACCCGGGGGAGGCGCCGGACCUCGCAGAGCCACCUGUACAACCACGAUGCGCAGGCUUCAUCGCCGGCAUUGCGAACGAGAUCGCCGCCGACCCGAACCGGAACCCACGGCGGCAAGAAAAACGAAUCCGAAUUCCAAUCCAAGCACAACUACACCUUUGUGGACCAGCUCAUCUACAAGGACCUGGAAGAGAGCCAAUCCGAAUACCUCUCCCAGAUAGAAAAUGGCAUCUGCGGCGAUGUCCGCGGCAAGGGACCACCGGUCAGCGAGCUCGAGGUCUUUCACAAGAGCGAGUGGCGACGGAAACGCUUUCCGUCUCCCUACGUCUCUAGCAGCCACGGCAAGAGCCACCAAGACGCUCGAGACGAUCACGUCCUGGAAGGAUGCGCCAUCCGGCUCUUUUGCACAAAGUCGAAUAUGUACCACACCGGGAGAAUCCUAAGGGUGAGGGAACGAGCCAUCGAUUACGACGGAGAUUACCCCCAUUUGCCUCGCGAUGCUACUGCUCGUGGCCGUGCGGAAGACGGGGCAGAACCCGCUGGCGACCACAAACACCACGACGAGACCGACACCGAAUGCCUCGUCCGCUUCCCGGCGGGCCGGGAAUUUCGAAAGAAGAGCGUCACGCGAUGGAUUCGUCUGGAGGAGCACUCUCUAGCCGUCGCUUGCCCCGACCUAGCGUGGGCGGUCUUUGAGGUGAACGGCGAUUCUACCGACGACGAUGGCAACGCCCAGACGAAACGGAGAAAAUCACCGCAAAAGAAGCAGCGAAACCGCUGGAUGCCCGCCAAGCUCUGGAUGAGAUCCUCCCGGGAGCUGGUCGUGUCCAUGGCGGUCCUGGACGAAGCCAGGGGUCAGAUCCGUUACCGGAGAUUCCGCGACUUUUCGGAGGAUUCUCCGUGGUGGAACCACCGCACCAGCGGCGAAACGGAAAACAAGGAGGACGACGAAAGCCCGGCACCCAUCGAGACCUCUUCCCUCGAUCCGCUUGAUCCAAAGGAACCACCCAGCAGCAGCGAACACGCUCCCAGGAUGAAUGGUGCAAAAAACUUGGUUGGCAAUGCCGCGCCCGUGCAUCCCGGGUCGUAUCUCGAACAAGACUGGAUACUAGCCGAAUGCAUCGGGUACGGAAAAUACAGCUUGGUUCACAUACCUACCGAAACAAAAGAGUGCGGCGGUAGCAGCAGCUAUAACGUCUUUGAAGCCAACCAGGGCAAAACCAGUCCCACCGGCAAGAAAUCCUCCAAGAAACGAACUAGCGGCAGCAGCAGCAGCGACCACAAGACAGCAACGGGGAUGACCGGUCAUGGCUGUGCCUUCCGUGUAAGUCCGAGGGACAAGCAGGUCAUGGCAGCCCUAGUGCAAGCGGAACGCGAGGAACGAGAUCGAGUGAAGCGAUGGAACAAGCUUCCCCUGAGAAACGCCUGGCACCCCAAGGCCCUAGUUUCCAGGGACGAAUUUGCACUUGGGGCCCUGGACUUUCGGGACAGCGAUUGCGGGAACGAGGGGAACAAUGGCGGCAUGGGAGACACCACCAUGGUCGAAGAGAACGAUGGUGGGGAAUCCAGGGAGGAGAAAGGGCACAAUGCCGCCGCCAAUACUAGCAAGCGAUCCAUCGUCAUUCAUCCCUCUCCGUUGAUACGAACGGGGUUGGAUCGUAUGUACAUUAUGGAUCAGUUCGUGACGCAGUUCGACUUUGUACACGGAGCGGGCACCAGGGGGAGAAUCGACGAAACCUCCCCCAAUACCAUUCUAACGAAGACCAGAGAUCUGGCCGUGAGCUUGUCGUGUGAUUUGGUGUGUAACGAUUCCAUUACAUCACAUAUCCAACAAGAAAAUAGGAUGGUUCGAUCGUUUCAAAAAGACCCGCACCAGGGAAGGAGGGGGACCACGGAAUCGAACCUUUCGGUGGAAGAACCAUCGAAGCUGCUGGCGGUGGGGGAAGAAUUGGCAAUCACCGCUCCUCCCAUAAAAGAGGAGCCACCAAACCUCGGGCUCGACAACGCGGAAGGCAAUGGAUGUGCUCCCAGCCAAAACCAAACAGCUACGGUAUCCAAUCCGGAGAAAAAGGAAAACGCCUGCUCGACGAAGGCAGAAGGGGACACGGGACGGAGUCCAGAAACCAUAGAUAAUCCCCUCCACAAGAAUCGCUCCACAACCGCCAACGGAAUUGAACGCUAUGAAAUCGAGAUCGACACAAGAUGCAGCUAGUGACAAAUCGAAUUUUGUUACUGCGCUACAUCAUGUUCGGGAAAGACUAUUCGUACUAUCUUUUCUUGCAAGAGACUCCCAAUUUUGUAAUUAGUAUGGCAAGCCAUGAACUAUUAUGAACAUCUUCUGAUAUUUUAAAAAAUAAAUAAAAAUACAGCUAAAGC